CUCCAGGCUCUGCUCCGCGCACGCCGGACGCCGAACCGCCCGCCGGCUGGGGAUACUGAUCAGCAAUCCAGAGGCUGCGCUCCGCAAACUACAGCAAGCGCUCUGCGCCGCUCGGCAGACGCCGCUCUGCAACCCGCCGGCAUCUCUCCGCACUUGUUACAAUGUUUCAAAGUGGCACCCAGACAUUGCAGAUACUGAGCUGCGAUGAAGAAUUGGAGGCAGAAGUCAUGAGUCAAAAUGUGCAGCCCUCUUGAGCACCCAAAUACUCACAGACUCCCACAGUGGGAGAGAGGACAAGGUGAAGGAGGCAGACAAAGAGAGCGGAUUGAGAGGGAGACAGACGAGGAUAGAGGGCAAAUGAAAACAAAGGAGAGUGCAUAAGAGAUUUCAGUGAUACUGUCUUCUAGUAGCCACUGUUCUCUCUUUGCCAUGUCGAACUCAACUGCCCCGGAUGCAUGCAAUGUUGACUCUGGCCUGGAUGGAGUGCUUCCCCCCUCGCUCUACACUCUGGUCUUUGUGGUGGGUCUCCCCGCUAACCUCCUGGCCCUGUGGGCAGCCUGGCUUCAAGUUAGAAGAGGUAGAGAACUUGGAGUCUACCUUCUGAACCUCUCACUCUCUGACCUACUACUCAUUUGUGCGCUCCCACCUUGGACGGACUACUACCUAAGGCGUGAUGUGUGGGGUUAUGGCCCUGGUGCUUGCCGUCUCUUUGGGUUUGUUUUCUACACCAACCUCUACGUGGGAGCAGCGUUCCUCUCGUGUGUCUCUGCUGACCGCUAUCUAGCAGUGGCUUACCCCCUGCGGUUCCCGGGUGCUAGGCCCAUCCGUUCCGCUGCCGCCGUUUCGGCAUUGGUAUGGCUCCUCGAGCUGGCGGCUAACGCCCCUCCGCUCCUGGGAGAUGCCAUCCACAGGGACCAAUACAACCACACUUUUUGUUAUGAGAGUUACCCUCUUUCUGGGAGGGGGGAUGCCCUGGCCAAUGUGGCGAGGGUACUGGCAGGGUUCCUGUUGCCCUGGGGAGUUAUGAUGGUGUGUUACGCCGGGCUCCUGAGAGCUCUGCGCGGUAGUGCAUCCUGCGAGCGGAGGGAGCGCAGGAGAGUGCGGCGGUUAGCGCUGGGCCUUCCCUGUGUGGCUCUCAUCUGCUAUGGGCCAUACCAUGCUUUACUUCUCCUCCGCAGCUUGGUGUUCCUGACCAGGGGCAGCGCGGUGGAUUCGGGUGGAGGCUGUGCCCUGGAGGAGAGGCUUUUUCCGGCCUACCAUGCAUCGCUAGCCUUGGCCACAUUGAACUGUCUGGCAGACCCUGCACUCUACUGCUUGGCAUGUCCUGGAGCAAGGGGGGAGGUGGCGAAGGCAAUGGGGGGUGUAGUGGCAUGGGCAAUGGGCAAAGACCGUGUGGGGUGGGGAGAGAGGGCUGUUGAAGGAAGAGGGGGUUAUGGUGGAGAAGAUGUGGGGAUGGUGGAACUUGGAAGAGGACAGGGAGCGCAUGUGGUGUGAAUAAUGUACAAAGGACACAACCAAUGUUAAAUAAUAUAAUAAAUUAAAGUGAAAAUGUCCAACAUAAA